CCGCUCCUUCACCUUUUCCUUUUCCACCCCUCGCGCCGCCUGAUUCCAGUUUCCCUCUCGCUCCCUCGGAAGCGCCAGUGCCGCGCAUAUUAUAUUUCCUCCCCUCCAACCCAGCAAGCCGGGAGCACAGGGGCACCAGAAUGCCCCGCCUCGACGAACACACGCAGCAGUACCUGCGCGACGCCGAGACCGGCGUGCUGCGCGGCACCGAGAGGGCGUGGGACAGCUUCACCAAGUUUGCGCUGCGGGACAAUGUGCUGGAAGUGGCCGCGGGGUUAAUCAUCGCCACAGCCUUCACAGCCCUAACCACCUCGCUCAUCACCUCCAUCUUCCUCCCCCUCAUCUCCCUCCUCCCCUUCCUCUCGCACAACCUCUCCCUCCAAUUCCUCACCCUCCGCCGGGGCCCCGCGUACAACGCCACCUUACCCAGCGGGUACAACACGCCCGCGCAGGCCCUCGACGACGGCGCCGUGGUGCUCGCCUGGGGCGACUUUUUGGAUAAAGUGGUGAGGUUCUUUGCGAUUGCGGGCGUGCUGUGGGUUGUGGCGUUGGGGUAUGGGAGGGAGGUGGGUGAGUGA